AUGUUACAAUUGAUAUCAGAAUCAUCGGUGUUCAGUCUCCAUCCAUCAGGAGAAAAAAAAUUUAAACGAGUUGACGUUGAUACCAAUCGUAAUAAAAAGGAUCUCAAGAGUUUCAACAUUAUGAGUAUGAAAUCGUACAAAUGCGACAGAAGAUAUGACAGCGAUACGAUGCUUAUAAAUGUUUCUUGUAGCUUUAAAAUUUAA